CGAUCCAAAGAUGAUGAAGAAGAAGCAGAAGAAGUAGAAGAAGAAGAAGAAGAGCGCAAACUACCACUCUGAGCUACCGCAGUAAAUUUCAGCAGGAAACCUGGAUUUUUGAGACGCAUCACGGUUAAUGGAGGAUGGACUUUAGGUUGAUUUUUAAUUUUUUUGUGUCUUUAGACUAUUUCUAAAAUGCCAUGUUAACAAAGGGAUACUUAAAAAACAGAACAUUUCAUACUCUGUGUUGCUGUUCAUCCGCAUGUCUUCGUGAAGUUUGGACCUUUGGCCAUAGGAAUGUUCCUGAGUUUUGUUUUGUUUUUUAAAAAAAACAACUGAAUUAUGAACUCUCUUUCUUCCAUGAAACAACACGGAGCAAGGUGAAUUCUUGGUGACUUUACAACCGAGGCUAAGAGGAACAUAUUGGGUUAAAAACGACAACACCAACAAGAAGAAAAGAAAGCCGGAGCUUUAUUAUCGCUGCGGAUUUACUUUUUAAAGAGGAGAAAAGAAGAAGAGGCUGCGGCGCCUUCUCGCUCUUCUUCAUCCGCGGACUCUGCACGCAACGGGACGGAGCUCACAGGCGCGCGCAGCUCCGCGAGCCGAGCCGCUGUCCUCUUCAUCCUCAUCCUCAUCCUCAUCCUCAUCCUCCUCCUCCUCUCCGCGCGCCGAGCUGAGGAGAGAGGCUCGCUCGCGCCUCCAUAAAUGCCCGGUCCGUUGGAGAGGCUCGAGGCUGGGCAGCAAGAUGAGCUCGUGGGUCCAGCUGCUGCUGCUCGCGUGGCUGGCGGCGUGUGCGCGGUUUGGCGUGGCCGAGGAGGACGCUCUGCCUGCAGCCCUGGUGGAGCUGGUUAGAAACAGCCCCAUCAACUCCAUAGAGGACCUCCAGCUGCUGCUGCUCACUGACUCCGUAGAUGAGGAGGAAGCUAACUCUGCAGCCAACGGAGGUCACAGACUUCCACGCAGCCUUGACGCUCAGCCCGCCCAGCAGGCUCAGUGUAAAGUUCGCACAGAAGUGGUCGAGGUCACCAGAGCCAUGUUGGACCGUAGCAAUGCCAACUUUCUGCUGUGGCCGCCGUGUGUGGAAGUCCAGCGCUGCUCUGGCUGCUGCAACACCAAGAGCCUGCAGUGCGUUCCUGUUGUCACGCACACCAGAUACUUGCAGGUCAUGAAGAUCGAGUACAUCAACAAAAGACCCACUUAUGCCAAGGCUGUGGUGUCGGUCGUGGAUCACGUGGAGUGCAGAUGUCAGCCUGCCCCGCGCCCCACUGUGCUCAAGAAGAAAUCCUCUCACAGACUGCACAGCUACCCGCAUCGAAAUCAGACCCUCGGCCCGGGACCAGCGCAAGGACAGGUGAAGGUCCACUCCAAAGAUGAACUCCACCAGCUGGACGAGCUGAAACCAAACCAGAGGGCUCAUCUGGAGCAUCUCCUGGGGCAGCGCUGGGAUCUCAGAGGAGACACCUUCCCUCAGCCAGGAGAAGGCUACAGUCUUGCAGGAGAAGACGUGUCUCGGUCUGAGGAGACAGUUCUUUUUCCUCCGCACUGGGAUCAUAACUUCACCAGACUUCUUGGGACCGAAGAGCAAAUAGAGACGCAUGAAAAUGUCGGGAUGAAGCAUGAUGAGGUUUUUAAAGACAAUGCAGGACCCCCAGCGGGUAAUGUGGAUGUGGAAGCAAAGACAAAGUUGGGAGAAGAUGGGUUCAACAUCACCGAAGGGAAUCCUAAAGUAGGACACAAACACACACAAACACACAGCCCUCCAGGGUUAGAUGACAAAUCCAAACCUUUUGAGAGCCACACUGCUGGACUCUCUGAGGGUUUCGCUGAGAACUCUCGAGCCAUGUUGGAUCCUAGCGAGGAAACCAGAGCGAGGAGCAGGGUCCGACCAACCAAAGAGCCAAAUCCAGAGCCUCGAGAGGCGGCAGGAAGGAGAGAAAAUGAGACUCCAGACGUGGAAAGGAUGUCGCAAAUCGCGGAAGAGAAAUUGGAGGCUGAGAGAAAAGAGCUUCUCCUUCUCCACAAGAGACUGGACGAAGAGAAGGAAUUACUGCGACAGCAGAAAAUGAAGCAGGAGGAGGAAGAAAUGCUGAAAGAGAAGGAGACAGACAGUCAGCAUCUCCAACAUAGGAAGCAUCAUCAUCUGCAUACAACGACACCGAAACCAGAGACAGCAACAUCCACAACUACCACGCAGAAAGCACCGGCCCCGACCGGCCCCAGGCUCCCGGUUCGUCCAAACCCUCAGAGAAGAAGAAUGAAGAAGAAUCGCAAACGGAUCAGCAAGGCAGCAAUGAGAGCGAUGCUCAUGUAGGACUGAAAUAAAACCAGGGACAGAUGGAGAACAUGUUGCAGGGUGGGAAUUGUCCAAAGAUGAAGCUGGAUGACUCCUCUGGUUUAAGUAUUUAUUUGUCAGUAACCUGGUUGUCCUGUGAUAUCUCCUCGGUAACACUACUAACGAGUGUCUGCUGAACCUGUAACAAUUUCUGGAUGGACCACGAGGGCAAAAAAGGGAAUAUGAACAAAGGACGGACCUGCUCAGGAGAAUGCUUCCCUCCCCAAACAUUUGAUAGUCCCACGUCCCAAAGACAGACAAAGACGUGCUCAAGCACAGCGACUGUGUGGGAACGAAGAGGCAUCGCUGUAGAACUGUGGAAAAUAGUGCAAUUCCUGUGGAUCCAUGCUUAGAUAUUGUGAAAGAGAAUGUCGACAACCAAAACUGUACGGGAGGUUUCUUUGGAAGAAUACCACAAUAAAGCAUAUUUGGUUAAAACGUUAAAAAAGUGGAUUUAACCAUUUUGCUAAAAAUUACAAAUUGCGUAAUCUUUAAGAAAAUCAUAAUGAGUCUGCAAAACGGGCAGAAUUUUCUGUGUGAUUUCGGUCAUGAGCUCACAAACAUAACAAUGGACUCCUUUUUUUUUUUAAACCGUACUUAAUUAUAUUUCACUCAUUGCAAACACUGGAGUAACACACACAUAACUAGCAAAUAAAAACAGCAUUUAAAUCGCAUUGCAAACGUAUUUUAUAACCCGGCUAGUUUCCACUUUUUUGUGACGCUGUAAUCACAAACUUCAGUGUAAUUUCUUUGAAAUUCUAUAAUAGAGAAACACAAAGUAGCGCACAAUUCAGAAGUAGAUUGAAAGUGAAAUAUGAUUUGAAUUUUCUUUUACAAAUAAGAAAAAUAUUUGAAAGAAAAGUCUAAACCUAUGUCCAUUUCCUUCCACUUCAUUACUGUGCACUGCUUUGCGUUUGUCUUUGGCACAAAAUCAGGAUAUAAUUGGUCAAAGUUUGUGGUCUUAAUGUGACAAAGUGUGGAAAAAGUUUGGGUGUGUGAAUAGUUUUGUAAGUAACUGCGUGCCAACACAAAUUCUGUUGCAGAAUCAAUGCUAUAGAUAUACAUGUGAGCGGACUGUGCGCUGUUUCUUAUUUAUUUGUCUGUACUGUUACUGUGGAUUAAUGUUCUAUAGAAAUACUGCCAAGGCGAUAUGCUGAGACUGAGAUUUUCUAAACGAUUUGGUUGCUCUCUGUGGAUUUGUGGCUUCAAACAGAAAGAAAUUGUUAAAUGGUGCCCAAACUCUCCAUGACCUCCCAGUCAGAUGCCGUGUUAAAUUUCUUAGUGCAGAAUUUGUGAAUGGUUGUUUUCUGUGUCUAAAUUAGUGGUGCUGUAUGCACACGUCUGCACCUCCGUUAUUUAUCUCAAACGUAUUUCUAUGGAAAGUUUUAGAAAUAUGUUUUCUCAACCUUCCUCUCUGAAUUGAACCUUGUAAAAUUAAUAAAUCUGCUCUCCGUAAGCUCUUCUGUAAGACGUUGCAACACAUUGGUUUAAAUUUCUUUGAGACGAAUCCAGGAAGGCCAUGCAUUUUUACUCUUAUAACAUUCUUUUGUUAUUUUUGUGAAUAUUUGCCAUUAUUUUUAAUUACUUGGAUAAGCAUACUGCUGUGUCCAGUAAUCCACCGUCAGACAAACACCUUAAAUUAUUGACAAUCUUGGCCUAUGUGUUCUUUAUGCCAAUUUACAACUGUUACUUAUUUCUGUCUGUUUUAAUAUAUGCAAUUGUGAAAAGAGAAUGUUUGCUUAUUUUCAUGUGAUUAUAAGAAUAUUUAAAUUGA